AUGAAGAAGAAGGCUAGGGCUACUUCGACACUCGUGAAUGCGGACCCCCUUAGAGUGAUUGAUCGGAAGCUGCUCAAGACUUUUCACAAUUGGGUACUCGGCCAGAUUGGGAAUAAUUACCCGAGAGAGUGCUUCACCGGUCGAUACCAUUCGUCUUGGUUCCUCGAACUGCAUACUCAAAAGUUUUGGCUUGGGAACGAUCAUUUGGAUGCGGCAUUCCAUUUGAUGAGGAGGUGGCAACACUUUUAUCCGGAGUCCUACCCGAAUAGAUGUGUUAUAAUGCCGUGUAUUUUCCCAGCAGGAGUUAUUGCUCGGUGGGAAGCUGCGGGUGAUGAGCAGGCUAACUAUCAGUGGGACGAGAGCAUAUUAGAUUUGAUUCAAGGGGAUGAAAGUCAAUUCUUGGCCAGUUGGAAGAACAAGGAGAGAAUAUAUAUGGCCCUCUACUUCGAUGGAGCAAAGCAUUGGGUGGCACUAGAGGUAGAUCUAGAUCAUUGGUUGUUGAACAUAUUUGACUCGAGCCUCGGAUCGAUUUCCCCGAACGAAUUGAAGCGUCACCUGGCAAUGUGGGAAAAAUUACUACCAAAUUUGCUGCUGCAGGCUGGCUUAUUCGAGAGUCAUGACAUGAUCCUCGUGCCUCAACUUACCGCCUCAGAGAGCCAGGUCAGAAAUUUCACUUCAAAAGUCAUGGAUCGGGCCGUUGUUCCACAGACAAAGACAAGCGGUAACUGCGGGAUGUACGUGAUAGAGCACAUCGAGCAUAGUAUGCUGGAGACUACGUUUGAUAAUGUGCACGAUGAGAAUAUGAAGAAAUUUAGAGAGCGGUGGUGUGUAGAUUUGUUUUACCAGAAUUUAGCAUGAACAAAUAUAUUUUUUAUUUGGUAUUUAUUAAGAUAACAAUGUAAUUGGUUUUUUUUAUUGGUAUGUUUAUGUUUUUUCAAGAGUUCAUACAAAUUUUACGCCUUUCUUUCAUGCAACAAAUUAUAAUAAUUAUGUAAACAUAAAAUAUCACAAAUUCUAAUGUUUAAAAUAGUCCAACAUUAAUUCAAUAACAAUACAUAAUAGUCCAACACAUCACGAUACAAAUAAACUAAAAUAACAUUUUUAACCUCGGUAGUUGCAAGUGCUUCUGUUGUGCCCCUUGGCACCGCACAUGCUACAAUUUCGUGAUUUGAUAAUCCUUUCACCGUUACAAGCAGUUUGGUUGUUC